AUGACACAGUGGCCCGAAAAUCUCCAUCACGCCGGAGUCAACGAUAUUGUUCAUGGUUCAAUCGAAAUCCCACGGCCUAUCAAUUCAUUGAUCGAUACGGAGGAAUUUCAGCGACUACGGGAUUUGAAGCAGACGGGAAUUGUGAAUCGGGUUUAUCCGAGUUGUACACAUACAAGAUUUGAGCAUUCGUUAGGGUGAGUCGUUCUUGUCAAAUGGAAAUUCCAGAUAUUUUUACUGAAAAAUCUGGAAAAAUAAUCGUGCUUUAAAAUCAAAGAUAAAUAUCGCUAGAUAGUACAUUCCGAUCUCAUAAGCCACAGAUAGUGUUUCAGGAUCUAUGAAAACAAACAUCGAAUCUGACAAGGGCUGAUUCACGAACGAAAAAAAUGUUUUAAAAAAUGUUUUUUUUAACAUUGAAAGAUGAAUUCACGAAGUCAAAAAAUGUCGAAAAAACAUUGUAGGUAGAAAUUAGUUUUUCGAGUUUUUUUUUCGUUCCUGAAUCAGCCCUACACUACAGCAAACAUAAAAAGAGAAAGUACGCUCCAGCGAACAAGAUCAAAUAAAGACAAAUUUGAAAAACAAAAAAAAUUAUAAGAAAAACAACAGAAGCUCUAAUAUUCCAGAGCCUAUCACCUCGCAAAAAAUCUGCUAGAUCGAAUGCGCAGCCGCGAACCGCAUCUCAACAUCACAUCCGAAGAUCAUCUUUGCGUUUGCAUUGCAGCACUUUUACAUGACAUUGGUCAUGGUCCGCAUUCACAUCUUUUCGAUGGACCAUUUGCCGCAAAAUUAGGAAAAUCGUGGAAACACGAAGAUAUGUCGAUGAGAAUUGUGGAAAGAUUAAUGAUUGAGAAUGAGAAAGUGCGAAGGGAAAUGGAGAAGUUUUUAUCGACAGGACAAGAGUAUCGGAAAAAUGUGAACUUUAUCAAAGAAAUGAUUGGAUCUAAAAGAUUUGUGAGUUUGAGUAGAUCAAAGAAACCUUCUCACAAUCAGAGAGAAUUCUCACAAUAAGAUUACUUUCAAAAUCGUUUAUGAAAAUGACAGUUUCUUUCCGUUUUUCACGUGAAUUAUGAGCGUAACGUAGCGUAAAUUUGAAUUUUGCUAUUUCUUUGCAUGUUCCCGUAUACAAAACACAAAAAGUUGGGAGCCAAACUGAAAAAAAAAAACAAAAAUAAAUUUUGAUGCGCGAUAGAGCGCGCAUCACAAAAUGGCCUAAGAAUUAGUUAAGCUUUCUAGGCCAUGCCUCAUUCACGUAUUUUCAAUCGAGGAAAUUGCUGAAAAACCUACGGUGCGAACCCCUACGUGUGUGGUGCAUUUGUGCGUCAGCGUGUUUGCACACAAAAUGUGUGUGCGCAAUAGCGUCUCUCUUUUUCGCACGCUCUCUCUUAAAGGAAAUUUUUUCGAAAAGGCAAUAGGGUCCCGUCACGAAUACCGCGAGAAAAAAGUUACACUAAAUCCACCACUCGAACCUUAUUUCGAUGCAGUUUUUCACGUAGAUUCGAAUGGUGUAUGUAACUUUUUAUAUGGUUCAGCCAUUCUGAGUUUUUCCAUUACAAACGGUUCAUGUCCCUUUAAACUGGCGUUGCCGUUUUUUCUUCAGAAAAAAAUUCGUGCAUUUUUAAGCUUAAAGGGGAAAUUUCCCGCCAAAAGUCCAUAGUUAAUCUUUCAGACACAAGACAUUGAAAAUGAGCAAGUACCAGCUGAUUGGGAUAUGCGAAGACGAGAAGAAGAAUUUGCAAAAUUGUGGGAUAUGAAAGGAAGAGGUGUUGAAAAAUCGUUUCUAUACGACAUUGUCUCAAACACGACAACUGGACACGAUGUCGAUAAAAUGGAUUAUUUGCUGCGAGAUUCGAAAUUGUCUGGUGUUCCAAUUGCAUUAAAUUUGGAAUCAAUUAAUCGAUUAUUGAAUAAUUUACGAGUUGUGAUAGAUGAAAAAACGGGAAUUCGAAGAAUUGGGUAUUAUCAUAAGGUUCGAAAUGAUAUUAAAGUAAUUGGUGAUUCGCGAUUGGAAUUGCAUGAUAAAGUUUAUCAACAUAAAGCAGUUAGAGGAAUGGAAUUGUUGUGAGUUUGAUUUUAAAAGGAGUUGGGAAGGGAGGUUUAGAAAAUAUAUUGAUUUUUUUCAAAGAAUAUGAAAAUUCCAGUCAAAAAUUUUGAAAACUUCUCAAUUUUCAGUUGAAAAACCUCAAAAUCUUAUUUGCAGAUUAAUUGAAGCAAUGUAUUUGGCGUCACCUUAUUUGAACUACAAAGGUUCACACAAUCGAAUGUUCAAGUUACAUGAAGUCACCGAAGAUGUUGAAGCGUUUCUUAAAACCUCGGACACAGUAAUCGAUGAGAUCAAAAAACUAGAUGCCACAAAUUGCAAGGCAAUUCAAGAAGCGCAAUAUUUGUUGAAAUGUAUGGAUGAACGAGCAACUUAUAAGAAAAUGGGAUUCGUCGAAUUGUCGCCAAUGAAAAUCGUAGAAUCCAAUGAUUUGAGCUUGAACAAAAGGGAUAUAAUUAGCAGAAUCGAAUUAUUGAUCAAUCAGAAGUUGCAAAAUGAAUUUGUUGGCAAAUUUCGGGUUUUGAUUCGAGAUUUGGGACGAGGAAUUGGUGGCGAUGUACAUCCGAUUGAACGAGAAGUUUUUUAUAGGUAAGGAAAUUUGGUACAGACACCUAUUAGAUUUGGUACAGACGCCCUAGGGCUGAUUCACGAACGAAACAUUUUUCAAUGGGCCUAUGUAAAAUAAUAUUUUGUAAUAAAAACACAUAUUUUUCCUAUGCAGAAAAACGUCGAAAAAAUAAAAUAUACAGUUUAUUAUUUUUGAGUAGAGACAAUUUGAAAUUGAGAGAGUGCAGACGGUUUUUUUGUAUGUUUUGUGCGAAAAAUCAAUUUUCUGUCUGCACUCUCUCAAAUUUACAUUGUCUCUAUUCAAAAAUAAUAAACGGUAUAUUGUCAUUCCGAAAAUAAAAGAACCCCCGUUUGAAUUGGCGGUCACGUACAGUAGACUAAAAAUGACGUGACACAUGCACAUCAAACUGGUUGGCAAAUAGCCAACGUGUAAAUUUCGCAUUUUAUUUUUCAAAUAGACUCCAAAAUUUUGCGAAGUCUACUGUAGUCUUGGUGUCCUAGGCCAUUUCGGUUCUCUUCCAAGUUCUUAUUUUUUCGGAAUGACAAUAUUUUGUUUUUUCGACGUUUUUCUGCAUAGGAAAAAUAUGAUUUUUGCAUAGGCCCAUCAUCAAAAUUUGGUUUUUUUUCCAAAAUAUUUACUAUAAAGCUGAUUCACAAACGAAAAAAUGUUUUUUAACAUUGAAAAGAUCAAUUCACGAAAAUUCAAAAAAUGUCGAAAAAACAUUGUAGGUCAAAAUUAGUUUUUCGAGUUUUUCAGCCAAAAAUGAUGACAAAUCGAUAUUUUUGAAGCUUCUGGGAUGAUUUCUUAUGAAAAUUAACCCUGGAAUCCACUUUUUAGAAGUUUGUGCUGAUUUUUCGUAUAAUAAAAAGAUUUCAAUUUUUUUAUUUUACGAAAAAUCAGCAAAAACUUCUGAAAGUCAAUUUUCAUCAGAAAUCAUCCCAGAAGCUUCAAAAAUCUCGAUUUGUCAUCAUUUUUGACAGAAAAACUCGAAAAACUAAUUUUGACCUACAAUAUUUUAUCGACAUUUUUCGAAUUUUCGUGAAUUGAUUUUUCGAUGUUAAAAACAUUGUUUCGUUCGUGAAUCAGCCCUAUUGUGAAUAAUUUGGAAAAACCAAAUUUAGAGGCUAAGUUUUCUCAGAAAAAGUCUCCCGAUUUUCCAGUGACAAAGAAGAAUCAGCGGGCAACGAGAUUCCAAUCGGUUUUCGAAUGGAAUCCGAUUAUGUGGAUUUGAAUUGUAGUCAAACCGUCACCAAAUGGGAACUAUUUGUGAUGGGCGAAAGAAGUAUUGCUCAUAUUGACAGGAAACGAAUCGAUUUGGCGUUGAGAGAAGCGGCUGGUGAAUUGCAAUUAGUUCCAAUUAUGUCAAGAAAAAGGAAUCAUAGUAUUGAUGAUGUGAGUUAAUUAAAGAUACAAUAACUUCUAGAAAUUCAAUUUCAGAAUCGAAAUAUUGCUCGCCGUCGUCUUGACUCAACCACAGUACUUUCAUAA